AUGGCAGACGCAACUGAUUCCGUCCCCUUCGCCCAUGGCGCCGCAGGCCAUCAAGGCCUCACUUCCAACGCCUCCGGCACCGUGCUAACCAAGCCAUGCACCGCCGCCGAAAUCGCCUUCUACCAGUCCGCAUCCUCCGACCCCGCACACGAGGCGUUUUACGCGCACAUGCCCACCUUCCUCGGCAGCCUGGCGCCCGCCGCCGACCAAGCUGGUCUCUCGAAACUCCUGCAAGGCACAGACGGCGUGGCGCCGGCGGCAGCCCCCAAGGGCGACGAGAGUGGAGAACAGCAGCAAAACAAGAGCAAAGACGCCGUGCCUCUGGGCAAAGACGAAGAGUGGACCCCUUCGGGCGGCAAGAAGAUCAAGACGGGUCUCGCCAUCUGUUUGGCGAACACGGCGUCCGGCUGCAGCAAACCCUGCGUGCUGGAUCUGAAACUCGGCGCGCGGCUGUGGGAUGACGACGCUCCGCAGGCGAAGCGGCAGAAGCUGGACGAGGUCGCGGCGGAGACGACGAGCGGAUCCUUGGGGUUCCGCGUCGCGGGCAUGAAGGUUUGGGUUGGGGGCCAGCAGCAGCAGCAGCAGCAGCGUCAAGCGCUGAGCAAAGAGGAAGAGGGCUUCGUCACGCUGGACAACGGCUACAAGAGCUACGACAAGUUCUACGGCCGCCAAUUCAAGAACGCCCAAGACGUGCGCGCGGCGUUCGAGACCUUCCUGCCGGCACCCGACAGCAAGUACCGCGCCGAGAUCGGCGGGCGCUUCGUGCGCGAACUCGAGAGCAUCAUCUACAUGCUCGAGCGCAAGGAGAGCAGGAUGUACAGCGCCAGCGUGCUCUUCGUGUACGAAGGGGACGAGGCCGCGCUGGGACGCGCGCUGGAGUUCGAGGAGCGGAAUAGACGCGCGGAUGAGGCGGGUCAGGAUGUGGAUGUGGAUGUUGAGGGUCCGCAAGGGUUGGGCAAGGAUGAGAAUGACGAAGAGAUCGAGCCAAAGGUGCAUGAUGUGCGCUUGAUUGAUUUCGCGCAUGCGCGCUGGACGCCCGGGGAGGGGCCGGAUGAGAAUGCGCUUAGGGGCGUGAGGAGCGCGGUGGAGGUUUUGAGGAGUGUGCUUGGUCUUUGA